AUGAAUAAGGGUCUAGCAAUAGCAAUCUUAGCCUUGCUCUACAUGGAUGCAGUGGGAACUCUCAAAUGUAAUUACUGCCGAAGUGUUCAACCUGGUAAUGUUUGCAAGCAUGCUGAAAAAACGUGCCAAGCAGGAAAGAGAAAAUUCUGCUACACUCGCUUGACUGUUAGAGAAGGCAAUAUACGACAUGUGGAACGUGGCUGUAGCAGUGUAUGCCGCACCAUAAAGCAUAAGAAUGUCCAUCGUAAAUAUGAUGAAUAUAUGCUGUGCUGUGAUGAGGACCACUGCAACAAACAGAAGUUCUGGAAAGAGUGA